CAGGUUAGAAACAUGUCGGGUUGAAUUCGGAUUUUGACGGGUUAAAACGGGUUUGGGUCAAUUUCGGUUCAGGUCGGGUUCGAUUCAGGUCAAUAAUUUAUGGGUUACUUUCGAGUCGGGUCGUUUCUAGGUCGGUUAAUGUUCGGGUUCGGGUCUCAAAUACUCGGAUAAAGGGUUAGUUUCAGGUCGGGUUCGGGUCACCAUUUUUUUUCGGGUUCAGACGGGUUGGUUAAUAGGUUGGGUUAGGGUCGGUAUUUCGGGUCGGGUCAGCUUUUGACAGCUCUACCCAUAACAUGCAAUUAGAUAAAUUAAUGGUUAAAGUCAAAUCUUGGCAUCACUCAUCCACUCACACACACAGUCACACUCGGCGCGGGAGUUAGAACUGUAGAGUGCUGUAUCAAUAUUCCUCCAUCAUCCAAGAUCUGCGUUUGCGUUCUCCCUCUCCUCUCCUCCCCUCCAUUGAACCGUAUUCUGAGAUCUCCAUUGAAGCGCCUUCUGAGCUUUCUCUCCUCCAUUGAACCACCUUCCGAGUUUGGAAUCAAUUUGAAGGAAAUAGCUGAGAAUAUGGAUUCUUCGGCAGCUCUGUAUACCCAACUUAAGGGAGCAAAGCCAUUCUUCUUGAUCGCGGGACCUAAUGUGAUUGAAUCAGAAGAGCACAUAAUGAAGAUGGCUAAGCACAUUAAGGCCAUAACAACCAAACUUGGGGUGCCUCUGAUCUUCAAGUCCAGCUUCGACAAAGCAAACAGGACAUCUUCUAAAUCAUUUAGGGGUCCUGGUAUGGCUGAAGGGCUUAAAAUCCUUGAGAAAGUGAAAGUAGCAUAUGAUCUUCCUAUAGUAACUGAUGUGCAUGAAAGUGAACAGUGUGAAGCUGUAGGUAAAGUUGCUGAUAUUAUCCAGAUCCCGGCUUUCUUAUGCCGUCAGACGGAUCUCCUUGUUGCAGCUGGCAAAACAGGGAAAAUCAUCAAUAUUAAAAAGGGUCAAUUUUGUGCGCCUACUGUUAUGGUGAACUCUGCUGAAAAAGUCCGAGGUACUGGCAAUCAAAAUGUGAUGGUUUGUGAGAGAGGGACUAUGUUUGGUUACAAUGACUUGAUUGUGGAUCCCCGGAACUUGGAAUGGAUGAGAGAAGCUAAUUGCCCCGUUGUAGCUGAUAUCACUCAUUCACUACAACAACCUGCUGGUAAGAAGUUGGAUGGUGGAGGUGUUGCUAGUGGAGGUUUUCGGGAGCUGAUUCCGUGCAUUGCUAGGACAGCAGUUGCAGUUGGAGUUGAUGGAAUCUUCAUGGAGGUCCAUGAUGAUCCAUUAAGUGCACCAUGUGAUGGACCCACACAAUGGCCUCUUCGGCAUUUAGAGGAGUUGCUGGAAGAGCUGAUCGCUAUUGCUAAAGUAAGCAAAGGGAAGCAACAAUUUGCGAUUGAUCUCACACCAUUCCGUGAUUAGGAACAUCUUCCAUCAAUGGACACUUGGUCAUAUUCAUGGCUGCAAUUCUGCAAAGGUAUUGAAUUUGUGGCUUCUAUUUGUAUGAUGUAUUCUGAGCUCGAACAUCUGCUUAAAUGCAUUUAUUACGAGAUUAUGUUCAUGCUUCAUGUUUGAUCGAGUUGCGUUAUGGGUCGUCUAAUAUAAUAGCAGAGAACAUGAAUGAUGAAACCAUUUCUGAGCAGCGCAGGGAUGGAUUAGUAGUCAGCUGGAUCAUUGGCAAGCCAUGUUGCGAAGUCCUUUUUUCUUUACCUGGUAGCAGGGUGUGGGCGGGUCUACAAGUAUUAAAUAACUGGAAAAUUUUAUCAAAAAUUACUUUUUGUUUAUAUCAUUAUAUUAUCAUUUGUAUCAUGUUAAUCGAAGAUGACAGCGUGACACAAUUAUAUUCAUGUAAUCAACAAUAUAUAAAGGAUGAGAUUUGAACGUAAUGUCAAUACUUCAUUUUAAA